AUGAUUGGAAAUUUUCCUGCUUCAAAAUUGUAUCAGGAUCUGCACCCUUUUCCACGGAUCGAAGUGAAAUUAAAACUUCAGCGGAAAGUCUCGCUCUUUAGACAUCACACUGGUGAACACCAAUUUCAGGCAAGAAAGUGGAACACCUCAACAUGGGAAUUAUAUGCUCUCAUAAGAGAGUAUCUUUCUCUCAUCACUUGGUUAUUCACAUGGAGUUACCACCAGCUAUGGACAAGAAAAUGGAAGGCGGCUGAAGAUAAAGCAAGGGCUACACUGUUUGGAUAUUAUGGUCUUAAUUUUGCUGUGUAUACAUUUCCUCCUAUUGCUUUGGCUAUUAUAGGAUCAUUCUUCUUGAAUUUGAAGCCAAGGGAGUCAAUAAGAAGAUGGCAACUCAAGUACCUAAAGGUGGAAACUCGGUUUGGUUUGCUAGCAGAAGUCUGCCUGGCUUUUCUUCUUUUCCCUAUAUUAAGAGGUCUGGCCUUAUUUCGGUUGCUUGGCAUCCAGUUUGAAGCUUCUGUAAGACACUAUUUAUGGCUUGGGACUGCUAUGAUAUUUUUUGCCACUUUCCAUGGUGCAAGCACUUUGUUCAUUUGGGGGGUCAGCCACUUUAUCCAGGAGGAGCUAUGGGAAUGGCAGAAAACCGGGCGGAUAUACCUUGCCGGGGAGAUCUGUCUGGUCACAGGACGCGAAACAUGCAUUCUUUCAGCACGAAUCUUCCCCUCCAAAGCUAUAGAGCUUAUUCUACCAAAAGAUCCAGGGCCCAAGUAUACACCAACAAGCAUUAUAUUUGUGAAGGUACCAAGUAUAUCCAAAUAUGAGUGGCACUCAUUUAGCAUUACUUCCAGCUCUAGGGUUGAUGACAACACAAUAUCUGUAAUGAUCAAAUCCGAAGGAUCGUGGACAAGUUCUCUCUCCCAUAUGAUCCAAACUAGGCAAGAGUCGGAUGGCGAUCCGAAGAAGUACAUACCUAUUGCAGUAGAAGGCCCUUAUGGACCUGUCUCUAUGGACUUCUAA